AUGGACCUCGAUUCUGCAGAGUCAGUGCAGUCAUCGGCACGCUCAUAUCCUUCUAAUACUCAUUCACACUCCGCACUAACCCCAAUAUCCUCCAAUUCUGGUUCGGAAUCUGCUCUACCUACCACUGCGGGUGGCCACUCGAGUAGUUCGUGGUCGAAAGAGUCCAUAGCGGGCACCUCUCCAGCAUCAAAACCAUCUCUCCUUGCCGCUCCCAAGCCAAAGAAGCUCUCUCAUAUUGUCGCGGAUAAACUCACCAGAGCGACAUACAGACCCGCAGCAGAGGCGUCACGCAACGCCAAUGUGGUCGAGUGGUCCAAGGGUCUCCUAGGCUCUUCGAGCGACGUCCAGGCUGCGACGACGCCCUACUUCAACUCACCUUAUAUGUCAGACUCUCCACUGUCUCGUACAAGUGCCACGCCCAAGUCUGGGGUUAAUUACAAGGCGCCACGGAGGCCCGUCGAUGGCUCGCCUCCGUUUCCGUCGUCCUUUGCAGAGCCGAUAAGACAGGUACUGGAAGACAUGCGUGAGCAACGAAUGUCGCUCUGCCAGAGUCUGCGUCAAUACGUCUUUGCGCAUCGCGCCAUUCUGGAAGGUGCCCUAGAUAUUGUCGAUGAGAUGAGAGCUGCCAAUCCCGAGGCGUUUAUCUCGUCUAACAAUGUGGUAGCGUCGGAGAGGAAUGAAAUGGCCUGGUCAUCCACGUCGUCCCUUUCGUCGAUUACCGACCAGCCCAUCCAGCCCUCGACAUCUCCUACGCGAGCCAAAGCCGGGCGGCUAUCAUCAAGUGAGGCGAGGACAAUGCGUGCGUCAUCCAUUCCUUCGAGCCCACCGCCUCACCCGAAGGCAGCCACCGGCAAGCGCACUGCAAGUGCGAUGAAGUCAUCUCCAGGUGAGAGUAGACUUGGCAAGCGACCGUCUUCGAGGCGGAAGCACAACCCUUCUCCCCCUCAUUCAGAAACGUCUUCGCGAGAGUCAUUUUCAGGGCACUUUACACUCGAAGGUGGCAGUCUCAGUCGAAAAUAG